CUUCCAGACAGAGGCUCAGUGGGGCCCCUCUGCUAGAGAGGCUGUUGUGAUUUGAGAGGCUCAGAUUUCUGGGUGAGAUUCGGGCCGGGUGUGGAUGAACCAUGCUGGGCUCAGCCCCCUGGAGGCUCCGGGCCUGGGGGGGCCUGGCUGGGGGGACCGUACUCACGGCCCUCUGGAUCCUGUGGCUGGUGGGCUGGGUCCCCGGGGGUCCCCCCGCCCCCCAGCCGCUAGUCACCAUCCUCGUCUGGCACUGGCCCUUCACGGACCGGCCCCCGGAGCUGCCCGGUGACACCUGCACGCGAUACGGCGUGGACCGCUGCCUCCUGAGCACCAACCGAAGCCUGUUGGCCAGCGCAGACGCCGUGGUCUUCCACCACCGGGAGCUGGAGACGCAGCGCGCGCACCUGCCCCUGGCCGGGCGGCCCCCCGGGCAGCCCUGGAUCUGGGCCUCCAUGGAGUCCCCCAGCCACACGCACGGCCUCCGCCGCCUCCGGGGCAUUUUCAACUGGGUGCUGAGCUACCGGCGUGACUCGGACAUCUUCGUGCCCUAUGGCCGGCUGGAGCCCCACACGGGCCCCACACCGCCACGGCCGCCCAAGAGCGGCAUGGCCGCCUGGGUGGUCAGCAACUUCCAGGAGCGGCAGAGGCGGGCGCGGCUGUACCGGCAGCUGGCGCCUCACCUGCGGGUGGACGUGUUCGGGAGAGCCAGCGGGCGGCCCCUGUGUGCCAGCUGCCUGCUGCCCACGGUGGCGCGCUACCGCUUCUAUCUGUCCUUCGAGAACUCGCAGCACCGCGACUACAUCACGGAGAAGCUGUGGCGCAACGCGCUGGCGGCGGGCUCAGUGCCCGUGGUGCUGGGGCCCCCGCGGGCCACCUAUGAGGCCUUCGUGCCGCCAGAGGCCUUCAUACACGUGGACGACUUCGGCUCCGCCCGCGAGCUGGCCGCGUUCCUCACGGGCAUGAACGAGAGCCGCUAUGGCCGCUUCUUUGCCUGGCAGGACACACUCCGGGUGCGGCUGCUUGGGGACUGGCGGGAACGCUUCUGCGCCAUCUGUGCCCUCUACCCCCGCCUGCCCCGCGGCCAGGUCUAUGAGGACCUCGAAGGCUGGUUCCGGGCCUAAGCUCCCUCCAGUGCCGCAGGAAAGGCCGGAUGCUGCGAUCAAACCACAGGACCCGUCUCCCCCAGGCCAACUGGGGGCUGGGGUCCCACCAGGAAGCUAA